UUCAUUUUCUCCUUUAUUACUUCUUCUACUUCUUGUCUCUUUCCAUUUCCUUCUUCUCCUUUUAUUCCACAUUCUUUUCCACGUUCUCUCUCUAUUUCCUCUUCCUUUUCUUCUAGAUUCCUUCUCAUGUUAAUUCCAUUUCCUCAUCCUACUCUUCUCAAAUUCAUUACUAUUUGCUAAUUUUCACUUAAAAGUGUACUAAUUCAUUCUUUUUUUUUUUUAGGCACGUACUGCUUAAUUAUGGGAGAAGAUCAGAGUUGAAUGUAUCGUCAUGGAGAUGAAAUGGGGUAUUGGAAUAAUGAAUUUAAUGCUAGGGUAGACAUUUUCUUAGAUUUUGCAUUCUCACAAACGGACUCGAUGUUUUGUGCAAAUAAUAUGAUUCAGUGUCCAUGUAGUAAGUGUUGGAAUAGAGAAUGGCAUCAUCGACGCAAAGUGCAAUCUCAUCUUAUUAAGAAUGACUUUAUGGAUUGGUAUUUUAUUUGGAAAAGACAUGGAGAAAUUAUUCAUAGAAAACGGCAUUGCACCCAAGUGGGUGAAUCAUCAAGUGCCGCUGCUGCUGCUACUAUGAAUAAUGUUCCAAGUGUCAAUCAAUUCAGAGACAUGCUUCAUGAUGCCAUGGGACCAAAUUUUUUUAAUAAUGAAAAUAGUGCCACAGGGGUAGAAGGUGCAACACAAUUUGAUGCUAGUUUUGAUGAUCCAUAUGGUGUCAGUACAGAAUCGAUAUUGGAGGAGCCAAGAGGAGAUGCAAAACAGUUCUUUGAUCUUUUGCGAGUAGCUGAUACACCUCUUUUUGAAGGGUGUGAUGAUGGUUUCACUGUCUUCAAGUGGGUGUGUCAGCUCAUGAGUGCAAAAACACUUCUUAACAUGAGUGUUACUAAUUGGGACUAUGUGCUAAAGCAUAGUCUAAUGGCCUUCAAAAAAGUUGAUAGGGAGAAAUUGCUAAUAGAUUAUUAUAGUGUCAAGAAGAUGUUGAGGCGUCUGGGUCUUGGGUAUAAAAAGUAUGAUGCUUAUGUGAACAAUUGCCUUUUGUAUUAUGGAGAAUAUGAAAGUCAGUGUUAUUUACAGUGCCUGGUAUGUGAAGAGCCACGAUUUAAGCAGUAUGAUGUGCAUUCUGCUAAGCCUAUGCCAAGAAAGUCUUUGUGGUAUCUUCCAAUUAUUCCUAGACUUCAAAGAUUGUAUAUAUCUAGGAAAAUUACCGAGCAUAUGACCUGUCAUUUAAAUUGUUAUAAUGAAAAUGAGAAAAUUUUUCAUCCUGCAUGUGGAGAGGCGUGGAAGCAUUUUGAUAGCACUCAUCCUGAGUUUGCUAGUGAACCGAGGAAUGUUAGGUUAGGUCUAUGCACAGAUUGGUUCACUCCUUUUGGACAUUCUGCAUCUCCAUACUCUUGUUGGCCAAUAUUUGUGUUAGUUUAUAACCUGCCUCCAACAAUGUGCAUGAAGCAAGAAUAUGUAUUCCUUUCAUUAAUUAUCCAAGGUCCCCAAAGUCCUGGAAAGAAUAUUGAUGUAAUGCUUCGACCACUAAUCGAUGAUUUAAAGCAGCUUUGGUAUUCUAGAGUCCAAACUUAUGACAGCUUUAGGCGUCAAUACUUUUUGAUAAAGGCUGCACUUAUGUGGACCAUUAGUGACUUACCUGGGUAUGGAAUGUUGUCUGGGUGGAGCACACAUGGUAAAUUAGCUUGUCCCUAUUGCAUGGAAAAUUCAAAGGCCUUUUGGUUGGAACACGGUCGGAAGACAUCAUUUUUUGAUUGUCACCGACAGUUUUUGCCACCAGAUCAUCCAUUUAGAAGUAACAAGAAUCACUUCAUAAAGGGUCGUUCAGAGAAUGGAACAAUGCCAGAGAGAUUGUCUGGUGAUGAGAUGCAUAGUCGCAUCCAUUGGUUGCCUAAUGUACUAUUUGGUAAGCCACCUCAGAAACAGGAAAUCCACGGAUUUGGUGAAGUGCACAAUUGGGUCAAUGACAUGGCAAUAUGGCAGGAGAGGAUAAUAGAAAUCAUUUGUAAGCUAAAGCAAAUCUUUCCACCUUCAUUCUUUGACAGUAUGGAGUACCUUGUAAUCCACCUUCCAUACGAGACUCGUGUAGGAGGACCAGUGCAAUUUCGAUGGAUGUAUCCAUUUGAGAGUCAGGCAAGGCAAGUUUAUUACACACCAUAUCCAUCUAUUAAUCAUGAAAGAAGGGGAUGGAUUGCUGCACUUAAAAUUAAAGCUAGGAGUAUCAUUGAGGCUAUUGAGAAUAAAGAUGACCAACAAGAAGGAUUGACACCAUAUUUCCAAGACGAUGAGCCUCCUAUUCCUCAACAAAUAAAUAUUGAUGACAUUACUUAUGAACCUAUGCAAUAUUCUGAUGGGAGUUCUCGCUGCACGGAGGCUGUUGAAUCCACCCAACCGCUGCAACGGCCAAAUCCAUUUGACCUCCAGAGACGAGUUCAAGAGGAGGUUCCUACUGAUGUGGUUCUGGAGACUCCAGCUUUAGAUGCUGAUAUACAGACCGAGUCUCCUAGUGAUGAGGAUACACCUGUCAGAAGACAGAUUGUGGUCCAGUUGCGGGAGAAUCUCCCAAAUGCUUACACAUCGUGGGGACAGGAUGAGGGUCAUUUGAGAAGGUCAAGUUCUGCAAGGGCUAAUCGAGCAAAAGGACCGAGGGUGACGCAUACCAGCGGUUUAAUUGACGUUAAUGUUUAUAGAAAGAAAAUGCAACAAGCAAACCCCGAGGGUCGUCCACUGACAUUUCUUGAGGUCUACACCAAUAGAAGGCAGCACAAAGGAAAAGGAAAAGACCAACUGCCUAUAUAUUGUAAUGAUGAGGCUCAAGAAAUUGUAGAUAUAGGUGUGAGCACAUCUAGACAGGAACCAUUCAGGCCACCCAUCAUAGGACAGUCUAAUAGGGUUAUCGAAUUAGAGCAGACUGUUGAAUCAUUGAAGGUAGAUAAUAAUAGCCUUCGACAAUCACAGAUGACCCUUAUGGUAGAUAAUGAGAACCUACGGCAGCAACAGUUGACCCUUGCUGCACAGAUACAGCAACUCUACUAGCAUUUAGGGAUGAUCCCAAUGGAUACCAGUGGGACAGCACCCCUAGGACACCUCGAGAUAUUUAGGUUUUUUAUAUUUCAAUUAAAUAUUUAUAAUUACU